AUGACGAGACCAGUCGAAAGGGGCCCGUCCAGCCCGAAGCCCCUAAACCCCCUAACCCCCCUAAACUUUCCCAAGGCGCGGACCUGCGCCCUCUGCCGCACCCCAGUCCUCAGCGUGGCGCACUGCCCGCUGCUGGAGCAGCUGAUCGCCGCUUUGCCCUUAAACAGUAUGUAUGCACAUGUCAUCUCCCCCUGCAGCCAUCAGGAACUGAAGCAAGCCCUGCGCGACCUCGGCAAGGGGGACCUGAACAACAUCCCAGCGGGCUACCGCACCGAUGCCGUGAAGGGUGCUGCCUAUAGGGCGAUCCGGAAGAGCGAUUUGCCCAUGCUGACGACUUGCAUUCGGGACUUUAAGGUUCGAGCUUCCACGAAGCUGCUCUGCGAAGCCGCAGUAGACUGGUCUGGCGAUCCUGCGGUCGUCGGUACUCUGAUGGCGCACGGGGCCCGCGUCAACGGCCACCAGGACGAGCGCCCGCUGGCUGCAGCCGCACAGAAAGGAAACCUGCUGAUGCUUCGGGCUCUCCUGGAAGCAGGAGCUGAUCCGAUGAAGCCCAUAGGCGAAGAGGGCGAAACUGCGCUGCACUACGCCGUGCGGUUUGGUCGCUUCGAGUCGGUUCGGGCCCUUCUGGACCACGGCGUGCCUGCAGACCUCCCAGACCAGCAGGGGCGCACGCCGCUGUCUUUGGCCGAGAAGGGCCUCGUGAUGCAUGUGCAGACCUGCGGCAUGCAACCCUGCAGCCGUUGCGAGGCUCGCAUCCAGAUCCGAGGGGAGCUGAGGUGGAGGUUGGGUAAGUCCGGCGCGGCGAGCGCCCCGCCGCCGCCAGCGCCGGCACAGCCAGACCCUGCAUCAGAGGACUCGAGUACAGAUGUCGAAGAGUACGACGGCACGGAAGCCAGUGAUGUCUGCGAGAACGAGUACGAUGAAGAAGGCGAAGAGGAGGUGAUUGACGUCGAUGAUGAAGAUGACUCGCACGAGCUGUGA